GGCGGCCAUUUUGUUUCUUUAUUGCAUGGUUUCGGAUAUCAGCUCAAAUCGUUGCUGUUGAGAUUUGUUAGGACCAGACUGACCGUCCCUCGCAAACAUAGGAUUGAUUGACCAGAACAAGAACAGCAACACAAAAAUGGAAGAAGAAGUGAACGAAACGACAGAAGAAAUCGCGAGAGAGAGCCCUGACGACGUCGAGAUACCCCUCGCCGGUGGAAACGAAUCGCGCCCAGCUGGAGAAGGAGGUAUUGCAUCUGCAUUGGAGCCAUUACCUCAAGCUACAUCUGAAGCCAUUGAAUACCUGCAGUCAAUUAAAACGGACAUCAAUAGAAUCUUAUUCACCGACUCACUGGUGACGACAUCAGAUACAGGCAAAGAACUAGGAGAGUUCACAGUGACUGUGGAGCCGGCAAGAAAAAGUGGCACAGAGUGUUUUUUAAUUCACGCUAACAGCCAUGGGGCAAUUGAUAAUGUACCUUGCGGGACAUCUAUCACAGCAUAUGUUUCCAAGUCUCUAGAAACUCUGGAACAACAACACCACGAGUAUGUCAAACUAAAGGACCAUCCAUUAGACAGAAAGACAUUCAUUGUACAGCAGGAUGAACAGUGCAUCAUCAAUAAAGUCAUCACACAGGGUGAAGAUGUUCAGAGAACAGCACAAACAUAUAGUAUGGACAGUAUGCAGGGAUUCAUAUCAGAAGCAUCCAAUCUACUACUGCAAAGGAUAAUGGUUAGCAAAGGGAUUCCUGAUAACAUGGUUUUUAUCUCAUUUGACUCGGAGACUAAUCUUAGUAAAGCCAGCUAUAGAGCUUUGGAGGAGCGUAAACAAACUGUUGGCGACCAUGAAAUCCAUGUUGCGGGCAUUGAACGAACUAUUCAUUCCACGCAUGAUUUGCCAACGUCCUGGCAGUCGUACUUUCUAACAGACGGACACCUGACUAGUAGAGUUCAAGUCGGAUCACCUGUCACUAUGAGGUUACUAAGGGUGCCUAGCAGGCUAGAAACUGAGGAAGACCGUGAUAAACCAGUUUUCAAAAAACAGCCACUCAACUGGGAAGAGGAUAUGCAACUUUAUUCUAAGUUCCUUGAUAGAAAGGAGGAACUCAAAGGUGACCAUGCUGUGUAUAUGAGGCACCAUCCAGAACUGAAAGCAUUACUUGCAGACUUCUUACAGUUCCUACUACUCAGGAAACCUGAUGAUGUUGUGUCUUUUGCAGCGGAUUAUUUUGCUGCUUUCUCUUCAAAAGCCCCAACAGGAAACGUGUACGCCACAUCGGCAGAUGGCAGAUAUCGCAGAAGUGCGUCACCCAGAACUCCCAUCAAGACACCAUCGAUAUAAACUUGAAACUUUCACCUUUGUGAAAAUUACCAUUAUUUUUCUUUACUUAAAGAUUUCCCUGGCUGGCCUUUCCAAGAAUUUGAACAAGAAUAUUUUUAGUGGCCACACAUGUGUGAUAAAUCUUAUUUGUAGUGUAUGCAAGGCAUGUCAAACCAGCCAGGAAAAUGUAUUAAUCCAAUCUGUUCAUUGUAUAUAUAAUAUUAAAUUGCCAACACUGAGUACUGAACACAUAAGACAUGAUUUGAUAAAAAUUUUAUGAAAAAAACAACAACUAUAUAUCAGAUGGUUUCAAUGUAAAUACUAAUUAUUAAGGUUUUGUGUGUUUUUAAUAGUUUUUUUUUGUAGUAAAAAAACAUACAUAAUUUCCAAUUCAUUUGCUCUCCAACAUGUCACUGCUUUUAAUAUAAUUUCAUCCUGAGUAGAAUGGUCUAUAUGAUGUAAUCCACUGAUGAUUUGGUAUAAAUUCUGAUUAUGCCUGGAGUUUUAUUGCCCAUUAAUACAUGCAUGCAUGUUAGCAACCCUCUUGAACGUCCUUGUUCCAAUAAUAUUUCCACAAACACUUUAUUGCUUUGGUUUGGCAUUCAAGCCUAAAGAUGUUUGUGUCUGAUUUUAGCAAUAACUGUCUGAUGUUAUUGUGAUAAUCAUUUUAACGAUCUCUGCUUUUCGCAUCCCAAAGAUCUCCUAAUGCCUAAGAAUGUUUUGACAUGAUAUAUGUGCUCUGAUAUGGCACAUUGAUACAAAGAUGCAUUUUCUCUUGUCUUUGUUUGAUAUUUUGAUCUCACAAUAUUAUCACUUAUCACACUGACUUUGAACUGGGCUAUGUCACUCGAAAUGUAAAUAUAUUAUGUAUAGGAGUGAUGUACUGACAGAGCAAGGUUAUUUUGGUCCUGGUCUGUGUUGCUAUGGCAACUGUCUCACAUGGAAAUGGGUGUAUGCCAUUCAAAACUUCAGUAAGAUUUAUGGGGUAGUUGUCUGCUGCAUGAUGCAUUGUAUUUAUGAGUCCUUGUAUCUGAGGUGAUUGAACUACAAAUGUGUGCAAAUAAAAGAAUGUUACUGGGACAAAGUGUGAUCAUAUUUAAUUUGUGGUGCUGAUACUGCAGCCAUCAUCUGAUAUGCUUGUACUAGAGACUUCGUUCUACAAAUCUUGACUGAUUUUUGCCAAUGUGGCUUGUUUGAAGGUAGAGAACCGCUCAUUGCCACAGGCCCAUUUUACACCUUAAUCUGAGGGAUUAUGCAUUUUUAAAUGCUUGAUAUUAGUCAUAGUUUUGUUUUUUAUUUGUUUAUAUAUUAUAUAUAUAAACAUUUCCUCAAGCCAAAAUUCAGCAAACUCGAUAAAUAGCCAUGGGAACGCUGCAAGUAGGCAUGUUCUUGAACACGAUGGCAUGAAGUUUCUGUACGAGUGCUUUGGCAUGUAGAACGUCUGGCAUGAGAAAUCCAUGAAUUAUGAUUAGCUAUGUCGAACAAUCCAAGUAAAUCGCAGAAAAACAAACGUUUUCUGGUUAAGUGAGAUCACAAUGAUCUGUUCAUAUUUCUACUGUUUUUGAGUAUCACUAGAUGCAUACACCAUUUAGAAUACAAGAAUAUUCAAACUGGUCUGUGGCAGAGACUGAUACUUGGAGAAUGUAGAGACUCUUACAGUCUGUUUUACACACUGCGAUCGUGUCUCUCUGGAACAGAUCUAUUCAGCACACCGGGUGGUGUUUUCACAGCUAAUCAUCAUACACCAAUGGGGAUUGUUUAUUUUCUUCAAGAUUUGACACUGAUAAAAAAAAUCUUCAAUAAAUAUCAAUACUGUUACUUU